AUGGAAGACGGGAAAAACGCCAAUCCGCUCAUAAUCAACCCCUCAGACCUGCCCACACGAAGGCGGCGGACAUCUGCACAAAACGAACAGUCCGACGGCGCUAUAACGUUUGCCUAUCCGGCCCCCUCCUUCAUGAAUGAUCCAUUCGCACGCUCAUCCAGUCCCUCCUCGUUCGAAGACAGUGAUAGCGAUGCCGAAAAUGAACCCAUCGAUGCUCAAGAGAUCUACGAUCUCAUUGCCACAAUGUCGGACCCUGAGCAUCCCAUAACCCUUGGGUCAUUGGCAGUGGUGUCACUACCAGAUAUAUCGAUCAAACCCACAAUACCGAGCCGCCCGGCCUCGAAUUUACAGACCGUUACUGUGUUGAUCACUCCCACCAUUCAGCAUUGCAGCCUGGCCACCGUGAUCGGUCUGGGAGUUCGAGUGCGGCUGGAAGAGUCAUUACCAGCCCGGUUCCGAGUGGACGUGAGGAUAAAAGAAGGGACGCAUUCAACUGCUGACGAGGUCAAUAAGCAAUUAGCCGACAAGGAACGGGUGGCUGCGGCUCUGUGGAAUCCGACGUUGCAGAGCUUCAUAAAGAAGAUGCUGGAGACUUGUGAAUGA